GCCCGCGGAGCGCGCCGCCUGGGGCGCGGCCGUCGGUGCCCUGCGCUUGGCUGCCGUGGACCCCGCUGCGCUCCCGGCUCUCUCCGCGCCCCAGACCUGGGGGCGAAACCCCUCUGCACGCUCUGCUCUGUUUCAUGCUGCUCAACAGAGAUGAACUGAGGAUGGGUCUGAGGAAGGCAUUCUCAGUUUCCAGAAUAUUCAGGUUGCACUUUUCUUUUAGAAAGUUUUCCUGGGAAGUUUACUCUCCCGCAGUGAAACCUUGACUCUCAGGAUGAUCCUGUCUAACGCCACGGCUGUGACACCCUUGCUGACCAAGCUGUGGCAGGGGACAGUUCAACCGGGCAACAACACAUCCAACCUGGCCCGCAGGUCCCUGGGCCACGAUGACGGCAAGCUGGCGGCACUCUACAUCCUCAUGGUGCUUGGCUUUUUCGGCUUCUUCACCCUGGGCAUCAUGCUAAGUUACAUCCGCUCCAAGAAACUGGAGCACUCCCAUGACCCGUAUAAUGUGUACAUCGAGUCUGACACCUGGCAGGAGCAGGACAAGGCGUACUUCCAGGCCCGGAUUCUGGAGAGCUGCAGGGCGUGUUAUGUCAUUGAAAACCAGCUGGCUGUAGAACGACCCAAUGCAUACCUUCCUGAGAUGAAGCUGUCAUCCUGACCCCGAGACUGGUCGGAAUUGGACAAAGCCUCCCUGAUGAUCUAAUUUUUCCAAUUACAUGUUCCUUAUAUUCUUUA